AUGGCCUGGCCAACUUCCAUGCCCUUGUUCGUGAUAGCUAUUCUGAUUGCCAAUCAGAUAAAAUCUUCAUUACCUCUCUUCAUAGGUGUUCUUCUUUUGGGAGACGCAUACAAUAUGAGGCAUCCACUUACUGGUGGAGGAAUGACUGUUGCUUUUAAAGAUAUAAAACUAUGGAGAAAACUGCUAAAGGGCAUCCCUGACCUUUAUGAUGAUGCAGCUAUUUUUGAGGCCAAAAAAUCAUUUUACUGGGAAAGAAAAGCAUCUCAUUCCUUUGUCGUGAAUAUUCUUGCUCAGGCUCUUUAUGAAUUAUUUUCUGCCACAGAUGAUUCCCUGCAUCAACUAAGAAAAGCCUGUUUCCUUUAUUUCAAACUUGGUGGUGAAUGUGUUGCGGGUCCUGUUGGGCUGCUUUCUGUAUUGUCUCCUAACCCUCUGGUUUUAAUUGGACAUUUCUUUGCUGUUGCAGUCUAUGCUAUAUAUUUUUGCUUUAAGUCGGAACCUUGGAUGACAAAACCUCGAGCUCUUCUCAGUAGUGGUGCUGUUUUGUACAAAGCGUGUUCUGUAAUAUUUCCUCUCAUUUACUCAGAAAUGAAGUAUAUGGUUCAUUAAGCUUAAAGGGGAACGAUUUGUGAAUGAAUAUUUGGAACUUACCAAGUCCUAAGAGACUUCUGGAAGAGGAGGUGUAUAGCAUAGCACCAUACCACUUCUAAAGUGGAAACUCUUGGACCCAGAUUUGGAUUAAUUUGUUUUUGAAGUUUUUUGUAUAUAAAUAUGUAAAUACAUGCUUUAAUUUGCAAAAUGAAGGGUAAAACAAGUUAGAUAUUUAAAAGAAAUGAUUGUUUACCAUAAAUUAGUGCUAAUACUGAGGAGAACUACAGUUUUUCUUUUGAAUUUAGUAUUUGAGAUGAGUUGUUGGGACAUGAAAAUAAAAUGAAGAAUGAACUUU